AUGCUGGAAGCCAAGAGCCUGAACAAGGCAGCUGUUCCUGAAACCCUCUUCGCCGAUCCUUCUCCGGCCAACCUCCAAUCCACCCGCCUUGCUGUCGAUAUAACUGGACUGACUUUUUCAUCAGUCGACCCUAAUUAUAUCUAUGUCCAAGGAGUUGAUUAUGAGGUUCUUUGUGGACAAUGGAAAGAAAGCAAGAAAGCAUUUUCAUUUAGAGGGGACUCGAACUGGCUUGGGUUCAGCAAGUGUUCGGAUAGGGAUAUUUUGGCGGGAUGGUGUGAUUCGGGCAGCAUAUUUGUUGCUGAUGUUUUCUAG